UUUAGAAUAUUCGUCCGUACGAACCCGUCGGAGUUCAGUUAUGCUUUGAUAGUCGCCCAGGAACGUCGUUCGUUCGGUGGUGUUGUGGGCUCGUUUUUAGUUUUGGACCUCGCGCGCGCAUUUCUUAGUCAGUUUGACUUUUUUUGCCUUUUAUUGACUUUACUACUUCUUUCGGCGAAGGAGACCGAAAACGACGACGAGGACGCCGGUUCCUAUUGGAACAGCUUUUACGAAUUUUGGCUGUUGUGAAAUUUCGGGUUAGAGGUGUGUGCUAUCUUGUAGUGUUUUUUUUUUCGUUGUUUUUUAAGUGUGCGUUUAUUUUAUCUACACGUUGUGCGAGUUGCUUUUCCUCGUUAUAGUGAAUGGAAGAGAACAUUAAAAGUUGCUUCGAGUUAAUGAGAUUCCCGAAAAAAGCUUGCCAAUUGCAACCGGGGGUGUUUCGUUUUAGCGUGCACUCAUGAUCGUUCUGUGCUGUGCGCCAAAAAAGAAUCGGAAAUUAAGUGAAUGGAUUAGGUGGCUUUUGCGGAGUGCUUUGCGCAACACGUUUUGGAGCUUGUAAAUUAGCAUAUUUUUUGCCUCAGUGCGAACAACCUUCGAAACGACGGGCGCAGUAUUAAAAAAGCGUGUCGGAACUAAGUGACGUGUGAAAGUUCCAGCGAAAAAAAAAUACGCGCCAGAUCAAAAUCGUCAUCGUCAUCAAAGGCGCCGGCUCAGCCACAUGUGCGCCUAAUACGCACAACUCAAAAGCUCCAUUCACAAAAAAUACACCCUUCAAAACCAUCAAUUGGAUAAUCCGAUUCAGAGAGCACAGCUCGACCACACACUGGUUGACACCGAGUUUCGGUGGAAGCGUAAAGAGACUGAAAGGUGGCAUUGUCGGUGACGCUAUUCUGAACACACACACACCCAUUUCUUCACCUUGCAGAUGGCUCCACAAAACGCGAUAGAGAUGUCCACGAAGCAGCCGGAAGGGGAGAAUGGCACCAAAAAGGUACAGAAUGGCGAUAACAAACAGGCCAAGAAUGCGGAACCACCGACGACCUCUGUUGUCGUUCCUCCGGACGGAGGCUGGGGAUGGCUAGUGAUGAUAGCAUCUUUUCUGUGCAAUACCGUGGUUGAUGGUAUCGUGUUCAGCGCCGGAAUGUUUCAGGAUCCCAUCCGGUUAGAUUUUGGCGUUGGUAAAGCAGAGGUUGCAUUGGUUAGUUCUCUUCUAAGUGGUUUUUAUUUGCUGACUGGUCCCUUCGUUAGCGCAUUGGCGAAUCGUUGGGGAUUUCGUCCGGUAACCAUUAUCGGUGCCGUUAUUGCAUCCAUUGGAUUUGUUCUGUCGUAUUAUGCACAAAGUCUGGGUUUCCUGUAUGUUACCUAUGGAGUUAUCGGUGGAAUAGGAUUCUGCUUUAUCUAUGUUCCGUCCGUAAUCACUGUGGGAUAUUACUUUGAGAAGUGGCGCGCAUUGGCAACCGGAAUUGCUCUCUGUGGAUCGGGUGUUGGUACCUUUGUGUUUGCUCCGUUGAGUUCGAUGUUGAUCGCUCAAUUCGGCUGGAGAGGAGCUCUUCUGGUGCAAGCAGCCAUUAUUUUGCUGUGUGCUCUAUUUGGAUGCAUAUUCAGACCUAUUCAGCCAAUCACCGUUACGUUGACUAAGGAUGAAGAUACUCCGGCUGAAAAGGGAUCUCUUUUGGGAGAUGGACUUCCUGUCGUCUACACAAGACCGUUGCCAGAAGGUCGUUUUGCUUACUCAGUGCCAAACAGCUCUCACAACACGUGGAUGGGUGCGAGUCCUAACACGCAAUAUCCAACAGCUGCUGAAGUAUUCCGAGGCAGUGGUCACAAUCUCGAGCGUAGACCAUCGAACCAAUCAGGGUUACUUACUCACGAAAAUAUUCAAACCACUACCAAAAAAUUGGAACAACUGUCCAAAAUUCAGAAGCGUCUGGCUGGCCAGAUGACACCGGAAGACACCAUCCACGCUCCUCGGUUCCCAAUUCCUCACCACGAGCUCAACACUGUCGGAGAGGCAGAAGAAGAAGAAACCGAAAAUGGAACUCUGCUCACCGGAGAACAGAAAACGACUCUAGUGGUUCCAACUUCUGCUCCAGGGGCAAGACAGCGAAGUCACACAGUAUCUGGCCGAAGGCCAAAUGAAGCUGGAUCGCGGCAAGGUAGCCGACGUGGUACUCUGACAGACGGCACACGGCCAAUGUAUCGAGAUGACAUCUUCUUCACCGGAUCCCUCGUUCGUAUUCCACAGUACCAGUCGACUACGUCCCUGGGCUAUCACAUGUCGGUUACCCGACUACCAACUCACACCGAUGUCGAGGAAGCCGAAGAUCAGUCAUGCAAAAUCUGCCCGGAAGCCGUGCGACGCACGCUGGCCACCAUGUUGGACAUGACCCUGUUAAAGUCACCCUCGUUUAUGCUGCUGGCAGUGAGUGGUUUCUUCACGAUGAUGGGCUUUUUCGUUCCGUUUAUGUACAUCUCCCAGCGGGCCACCUCCGGAGGAAUGGACUCAAACGUAGCUCUUUAUAUUGUCUCUGCUAUUGGUAUUUCCAACACAAUUGCUAGGAUCGUUUGUGGCUUUCUGAGUUCAUUCAAAAGUGUUAACGCGCUUCAUCUCAACAACGUGGCCAUCACCAUGGGUGGACUUGCCACGAUGGCGAGUGGUCUUUACAUCACCGAAGCAUACCAAUUCACGUAUGCGGCCAUAUUUGGACUUGCCAUUGCAUGCUUCUCGGCACUGCGUUCAAUUCUUGUUGUUGACUUGAUGGGUCUGGAGAAACUAACAAAUGCAUUCGGUAUUCUGUGCCUGUUUCAAGGACUGGCGGCAGCUAUUGGCGCGCCAAUUGCAGGAUUUUUCACCGACCUCACGGGAAGCUACGACGUGUCGUUUUACAUCAGCGGAGCACUCAUCACCAUUUCAGCGGUCUUGUGCUACCCGUUGAACAUGGUCAACAAGUGGGAAAAGAAACGUGCCACGAAUAAAAAAGUCGUCCCAGCGUAGAGCGUUGUCUGUACACCGAAAAAACAACCAAUGAGUGUCCGAAGUACUUACUGAACAUGCAAGCCCAAGACGCAUGGGAAAAUACUGUUGAGUUCCAUACUGAACAUUGAUUAAGAUUGAAAACCUCAGUGCCUUAGCAUAAAUGUUGGAAAACUUCCUUAAAACAAUAAACUAAGAACCCACUUGAAAUGCGAGUAGACUGUCGUAUAGAUUAGAAUAUAAUUCGAAUCAAUAUUUUUAAGCAGGGAAACUGCCGUUCUGCUCAUGAUUGUCCCAUGUAGAUAAGAAACUUCCCGUAUUACGGGAUUGCUACGUGUUAAAUGGCAGUGAAUGAAUCGCAAAUCUGUUACGAUAAAUCAAAUGGCUCAGAUGAAAUUAUUCAUUGAUUAUUAAUUUUAUUGUGUGGAGCCUGCUGAAAUGACAUCCCCUUUAAGUAUUUCAAUAAAUAGCAAUAAAGCUUCUCUUUAAAAGUAAAAACUUCAAAUUUUAAAUAAAAAUUGUACUUAAUUCGGAAAGGUCAUUUUUUAGACAAAGUAUUUAACACUGAUUGAAUUAUUUCUUUUUUAAUAUCUUUAAUAUAAAAUCCAUUAAUACAUCAUGAUUUAAACAAACGCAUUUCAAGAUUUAUUCUUGAUGCGUAUAAUUUGUCCUAUUGCUUGAGAAAUAAAAUAAAAAAGAAUCUUGAGCAAAAAUAAUCAAUGAUGAUUUCAACUGAGAAUACCAUGUUGCGCGGUGCUAUUUUAUGUGCAAAUCCAGAAGUGCAUUUUAUUCAACGGCUUUCUUGAAAAAUUGUUACGACAAAAUCAAAAUAUUAAAAUGAGUCUUUAACAUUUCGUAAUACCAAACAAGUGCUUUUCGCUUUCUUUACAAAUACAGAGAAACCUCUUUUUACGCGGUGGCGCUACGCUUUUUGUUUUGUAGAUUUCUCUUAAACCAUACAAUAUUUUUGCAAGCUUCAAAAAGCGUUUUGUAGAUCUGAACAAAACCUACAAAUUGUUGCGUCAUUCCAGAGAAAUCGACAAAUUAGAAAAACGUAACGCACCGCAUAAAAAGAGGUUUCACUGUAUUACACUUUUAUGGUCUACGUAAUACAAUCCAGUUUUAGUAUUGAAUAUGCAAAAGUUUUGCAAACAUGCAUUAAUUCAGAAAAAAAGAACCUCAUUUCAAUAAAUCGAUGCCUCUGUGCUCUCUUACGCUAACUAGAUAGGAAUCCCAACAAGCAUAGUACAAGAGAGCACAGAGGCAUCGAAAUAUUACCUAUUCGUUUUUUUUUAAUUUGAUUCAAUCAGUUGUAGGGGUCAUUCCAUACCAAACUGACUCGUUAUUGCAUUUUCUAAUCGAGCUCAAUUUUGUGAGACUGUUAAUGUUAUCAAAACAUCCAAUAAUACAAAUUCUCAUCCAAUCCUUCACAAACAUUUGAACCAUACAUUCUAGAUUACUUUUUCAAAACAACCCAAGCGCCAUGGGUUUCCUAUGCAGAUGUACAUAGGACCUUUUGAAAAUGUAAGCGAGAAUUGUAAAAGUCCAAUCCAGGGAACAAAAAAUCAAAAAAAUCUAAUUAUUCUCUCUACAGCAAUUGGCUUUGGCGUUCUCGAUUGCGAGAUUCCUACUCGAAACUAUGUGUCCGAAGGCUUGAUUGUUGAGGUAAUUGCAAACCUCUAUUUACACCUAAGCUUCCCCAUCCAACCCGGGUUUCGAACAGACGACUUUUGGAUUGUUAUUCCAACUUCCUACAAGCGAAUCCAUCGAGACAGUUAACGAGUUAACGACCUAAACCACAUGGUCUUCAAAUCCAAACUUUUAAACCCCGGAUGGAUGUUAAGUGGUUUGAUAGUUCCUGGUGCGAUAUAGCUACAUGAACUAGACAGCGAGAGAGCAGUUUUAGAGCCGUUGUUAUGUUCAAUUAAAGGUCCUAUAAGAUAUGGGAAUUCCUAUGUUUAUAAGAUCUUUUCAAAUAAACCUCUAAAAAUUAACAAUGUUUUCAAAAUAAAACAAGAGUUCCAACUCACCCUCAAAUACAUGAUUUACAAUGUUUCUGGAAGUUAUUUUGUAGAACUGACAUAAUCACAAUUGUUAACGUUUGUUCCUGGAGAAGCAUUUCUAUUGGCACCUUUACUAAAACUUAUUUACAACAAAUUGUUAUUUUUUCAAACGUCUUCAUACCAAUCGAUUCUGUUUGCUGCAAUUUGUUUGUAACUAUCUUAUCUUUGUACAAUUGUGCAAUCUGUUUGAUUUCAUUACAAUUAUUUUCAUGUUAAGAGUCUAAGUUAUAGUUAAUAGAUCCUUAAGAUGCAAAAACGGACAGUUUGCCAUAUACCAUUCCUAAUCUGACACCUGGUACAUAUUUUUGGAUUUCAACUAGUAGAUAAAAAUUACAUAUACACACAACAUAUUCGAAAGACACACCAUAUGCAACCAAGCUUUUGUUCGGUUGUAAAACGAAUACUGAAUUGCUCGCAUAUUUGACUGAACGAGAUUUGAAGACACCUUUUUGAUUAUGUUUAUUGCUAAGCUACUCGCCAGAUAAAAAAAAACAGCAAAUGUAGUGUUUAAUGCUAAGUUUAUGAUAAUGAAAUAAAUACUGUUUUAUAGGUAAA